AUGUCAAGAGAAGGUUUCAAGUGCUAUAUAUCUCGUUCAAAUUCGCCGCUAUCUUCUCCUCAGAUAUACACCUCAAGGUCUGCAAAUCAAUCGUUGCCUCAUCAAGUGGAACUCAGUCAAGCACGCUCAAUGAAUCAUCCGUUUCCAGGGCCCUUUGUGAACAUUUCACGGCUCACUCUGGCUCAACAACAGGCUGCCGCGCGUCGUCAGGUAAAUCCGGCAGACGUAGGCUAUGAUAUGUACCCUCCACCUCAUAGUGGCGGCCCUGGCCCUGAAUUACAGAGGUCGCCCCCGAACCACGGACAAGACCAGCGAUCUGCCAUGGGUCAGCUUCAAAACAAUCGGGGUAGGCCCGCCCCAAAUCCCAACACAAAUAUGAAUCCGAGCGGCAACCCGUCCACGAGCUCCAGAGGUCCAGCAACGAUGGCUUCAAAUGCCGAAGUUUUUUCUACUUCCGUAGCUGACAUGCUGAAUAUGAUUCGUGAAUCAGAAGAACAAGUCGCCAGCCCAUCAGAAUCUCAUAUCAUGGACUCUACGAGCAAGCGAAGAAGGCUUUCGUCAAGCUCAGAGAAAUUUGAUAGACCAGACUCACCUUCAGUGACGGAGAAUACACAGUUAUUGGAGCAAAAGAUUCGGGACCUUGAGAAACGACUCGAGUCGCAUGUGGAAAAGUCCGACCUGAGUAUCAAGUAUUUACAAGAAAAGCUCAUAGCCAUACUGGAAAGCCUCAAUCAACGACAUUUUCCCGGCGACAAUAAUUACUUCCAGGCUCCGACGGUUCCGAAUCAUCCUGAUCACUGUCUUGUACUCCUCAUUCCCGCCAAUGGCACAGUUCCUCGGAUAGUCAACAUCCCCUUAGUUGAUGCACAGCCCAUCGGAGACGGAGAUGAAGGUCUGAACCGCUUGCCUGAUAUGUGUCCACUAUGGGGCAAGGAAGGGUGGUCUUGCCGUAAGGUGAUUGGAACCAGCUUUGUCGACAUAUCCCUCUCGUCCUAUGAUGUCAACGAUUUUUACUUUAUACUCAAAUCUACCGACGAAAAGAAUCUACUGCGGAACCCACACUUCGAUUCUGUCUGGGGUGAUGUCUGCAUCAUGCGACGGGCGAAUUUCUCUACUGAAGAGGACUCGACCACCUUCGCCCACAUGUCUCCAAGUGUUCUACUCGUGGGUCUUUGGAGGACUAUGUUCGGAGGAUCCAUUGAAACGGGAUGA